CAAGUAAAACUAAGAAAAUAUUACUAAUAUCACUUCUGCUCUUUACCCAAUACUUGUGGAUGGGGUGGUUUGCAAGUAACCAUGAGAUUAGUUAGGCCAAAGAGCAAGUUCUUUGAGACAUUUGCAGCUCCAUUCACCAAGAGAGGGUUAUUGCUCAAGUUCCUGAUCUUGGGAGGUGGUUCCCUCCUUUACAUAAGUGCCACAGCCUCAGAUGACCUUCUUCCAAUCAAGAAGGGCCCACAACUUCCACCAAAACUUGGACCACGCGGCAAGAUCUAAAUUUAGACAGACCCUCAAUUAUUCUUACUGUAUGUAUCUGCUACUUUUGAAAUAUGUUAACUCUGUCUAAAGCCUACUCAAAACUCCUUUGUGAUCCAAAGACAAUUUUUUUUUUUCCAGUGUAAUUCUGGCAUUGCUUCUAAUUCCAUUCUCUUGUAUUUGACCAUUAUCCUUUGUUUUUGGAUUAUGAAAUCAGUCACUAGAACUAAUUAUGUGAUCAAUGUAGCUUCAAGAAAAUGCGGCUGAUUAC